CUGAUAUCUGUCUCUUAGUCAACACCAGAUGAUCUAAUCAUCCUGCCGUGGCUGUCUGGUGGGAUCUUGCUGUGCGCUAAUUGUCUCUCACCUAUCUAUCCACACGGUAAAAUGCUUCAGUGGCUGUGAAAGCGCGUUGGAUUUGGUAAACGGCUGCACGCAAAUACCACUCUUUCUACAUCCACUCCUGAUUUUCAUUCCGCAGCCCGUUCGUAAUCCGCUCCGGCUAUUACUCCGUACCUUCCCACAUCGUAACAGACUCCGCUCAGGCUGAGGACGGAGCUCCAAGCCAACUGCAGUCAUCCUUUCCCGGUAGAAGGGUCCUUCACGCUGCCUGUGUGUGUGUGAGAGAGAGACAGAGAUGGCUCAGCACCAAGGAAAGGGACCCGGACAUGCCCUUGCUGCCUCCCUCCCCUCACUCUGAGGUCUGAGAGCGCCGGCACAGAGACAGGGAGCGGUGGGAAAGAGGGGGGAAAAAGCGCAUUGACACGCAUCUUGGAUGUGAGCCCUGGGCCAGCGGAGACUGAUGUAGCCCGGAGGACACACGGGCUGUCGCUCUCUGGGGCAGGCUGAACCGGCGGGCCAUGUGAAACUGGCGAGGGCACUGUCAGCGGCCCCCGCUACAGCACCGCCGGCUGCUUGGCAAUCCCAGCCCGCAGCUCGCAGGUCAGUUUCACUCCCCGGGACUUGUCACUUUCAAACCGGAGGGUUACAUUUCAGGAAUGUGCAGGACAGGUUCCAGCUCCGGAUUCUUGGACCGUAAACUAAAACAGCAAAACCGUCACCUUCCUCGAUUUCCCUCUCCAUUCCCUCCCUCAGUGUGCUGCCCUGGGCUCCUGGUUUGAAUUUUUUUUUCUCCCCUUCUUCUUGAAAGAAACAAUCUCACCUUUUACCGGUGGGAGAAGACUAGCCGACACAAAUCUUCGCUGAGAUCUUUUGUUUUGCCACCUGUGACCAGCAGAUACAAGUCCACCGGUUUAGGAUUGUUUGCUCCGAGUUAGUUGACAGUGAUUUGAUUUUUGGUUUCCUUUCCCUCCCUCCUCUCCCCUUCCCUCCCUCCUUCUCCCCCUCCCUCCCUCCCACCCUCCUCUCUCUCUCCCUCCCUCUCUCCUUCCCUCCCUCCCUCUCUGGCUGUCAGACUCCAAUAUCAGGAAGAUGGAAAGGGUCCCGAUGUGAGAACGGGGCGCCUGUAUCACACAGACCCCGAGACUGCCCGGUUUGGAUCCGCUGCUGGGUAUCCCCGCCGCUUUACCGCCCGCCAGCGAAGCUGGGACCGGCUUCCAGGGGCGGCCACUUGUAUUACCUGCUGUCUCCCCUCACCUCCACCCUCCAAGGUCCCCGAUGGCUUCUCUCCGCAGGGUGAAAGGACUGCUGAUUCUCAACCUGGUGGCGGUGGUGGGCUUCCUGCUAUUCCUGGCCCGCUGCAGGGUCCCUCUCAAGGGCCGGGAGUUGGUACAUGCGGCGCAGGGAAGAAGCGAACCUUCCAAUCUGACAUCCCGGGGCUCGCCUCCCGGCCAACAGGCGGUGCUGAAAAGGCUCUCUCUCCUGGAGGACAUCGUCUACCGCCAGCUGAAUGACUCCCACUUAGGCUUAUCAAAAUCUCUUGGACUGAUUGAAGGCUUUGGAGGACGUGGACAGGGAGGAUUGCCAGCUACACUCACUAAUGAAGAAGAAGGAGAAGCUGCAGGAGCCUAUGAAAAGUAUGGAUACAAUACGUAUCUGAGUAACAAGAUUUCACUGGAUCGAUCUAUCCCAGACUAUCGACCAACUAGAUGCAAAGAAUUGAGCUACCCCAAGAACCUUCCACAGAUUUCCCUCAUUUUUAUCUUUGUGAAUGAAGCUUUGUCUGUUAUCCUUCGCUCUGUGCACAGUGCAGUGAAUCACACGCCAGCCCAUCUACUCAAAGAGAUUAUCCUUGUAGAUGACAACAGUGAUGAUGAAGAACUGAAGGCCCCAUUGGAAGAAUAUGUUCACAAACGCUACCCUGGUCUGGUUAAGGUAGUACGGAAUGAAAAGCGUGAAGGCCUGAUCCGAGCCCGAGUGCAGGGAUGGAAAGCUGCGACAGCAUUGAUCACAGGAUUCUUUGAUGCUCAUGUGGAGUUUAGUGCAGGAUGGGUUGAACCGGUGCUGGCCAGAAUUAAAGAUGACAGGAAGCGAAUUAUCCUUCCUUCUAUUGACAACAUCAAGCACAAAACAUUUGAGGUUCAGCGUUAUGAGAACUGUGCCCAUGGUUACACCUGGGAGCUCUGGUGUAUGUACAUUAGCCCUCCUAAAGAAUGGUGGGAUACAGCAGACCCUACAUUGCCUAUCAGGACACCCGCCAUGAUUGGAUGUUCAUUUGUGGUGAAUAGAUUGUUCUUUGGUGAGAUUGGCCUUUUGGACUCUGGAAUGGACGUUUAUGGUGGAGAAAACAUAGAACUGGGGAUUAAGGUCUGGCUAUGUGGUGGAAGUAUGGAAGUGCUACCAUGUUCUAGGGUGGCUCACAUAGAACGCAUGAAGAAACCAUACAACAAUGAUAUUGGAUUCUACACAAAGAGGAAUUCACUCCGAGUGGCUGAAGUAUGGAUGGAUGAUUACAAGUCCCAUGUUUAUAUUGCAUGGAAUAUCCCCAUGCAUAAUCCAGGGAUCGAUAUUGGUGACAUUUCGGAAAGAGUAGCAUUGAGAAAGAACCUUAAAUGUAAGAAUUUCCAGUGGUAUCUGGACAAUGUAUACCCAGAGAUGAGAAGAUAUAACAACACAGUGGCCUAUGGCGAGGUGCAUAACAAUAAGGCAAAAGACUUUUGCCUAGAUCAAGGUCCACCAGAAAACCACACAGCCAUUAUUUAUCCAUGUCAUGGGAUGUCCCCUCAGCUGGUGAGGUAUACUACAGAUAGAUAUCUGUACCUUGGGUCUCUGGGAUCUACUGUCCUACUGCCAGACACACGUUGCCUAGUGGACAACAAGAAAAGUCGAUUUCCUCAGCUGCUUGAUUGCGAAAAAGUGAAAAACGUUUACCAGAAGUCCUGGCGUUUUGUACAGAAUGGAUCAAUCCUUAAUCUGGAAACUGGCCGUUGUUUGGAGGUGGAGAAUAGCAAAAAAACUGACUUUGGAAUGGAGCUGGUUUUACAACAAUGUUCAGGACAAAAAUGGACAAUUAAAAAUGUCUUAAAGCAAGCAAUCUAGCCAUUGACUGGGAUGAUUCAAAGGAAGCUGGAAUUCUUUGUACUGCAAUAGCCUAGAAACUUUAAAACACUGUUGUUAUAGAUUUUGACAAGUUUCAAGUCUCCAACAUCAUUCGGGUGAUUGACACAAAUCCAAACUGGAUUAUGUCUUCAGGCCAGGAUUUAAAUUUAUUUUUAUUUUUAUUUUGGGAUUUAAGAAAACAAAUACCAUUUUAUUGAAUGUUCUAAUGUUAUCAAAUGAAAAGAAGUCUGUUGAAAAAUAUCUGUGCAAUAAAUUAAAAUGUUAUCUGUGUUUGAAAUUUGUAUAGUACACACUGUAAAGUACCUUGGUUAAGGCUAACCAUUGAUACAUGAGGCUAAAUGAAAUACGCACUGCUAUUCUUUUUUGAUAAUCAUGUAUCAAUAUGUUUCAUUAUAUUGUGGUUCUGUCGCUGAGCUGGGAAUUUGUGUUGCAGACGUUUCGUCCCCUGUCUAGGUGACAUCCUCAGUGCUUGGGAGCC